GAGUGGAGCAGUUUGAGAAUAAAAUUUGGGAAGCCAGCCUUACAAGAACACAGGGAGGUCGUAUAUAACAAGAAAAACUGAGGGCAGCAUCUGCUCAAACGCCCAGGAGCCCACUAAAGAUUGGGCAGAAUGGGCGGUGUCACUGGCUUACGAAGUACGUUCGGGUGGGUUGUGAAAGAGUGUGAGAAACCCUGUGCCAGUGGCUGAGGGCCCGGGCCCAGGGAGGGAACUGGGGAUUUGCACGCAGUAGAAUUAAGGAACGCUGGCUCUGCGUGGGGGAUAAAGGAAGGCAUGGAGGGAGUGGGGGUGGGGGGGGGGGCGUGCCGCGACUUCCCCUCCCCAGCCCUCGCACCGCCUGGCCCUUUUCCCCCACUUCGCCAUGGCUGGCAUUCGGGGUCUCGCACCUCCACCGCCCACAGGCGUGCUGCCGCGGGGAGCGGCCUGACCGCCGCGUGACGCCUCAAGAGGAGCAGGGGUCUCACUAUUAAAAGGGGCAACAGGCCUCGGCGCGGGCCCCAGAACAGGCCCGCUCCUUCUGUCUACGGAGCCGGCCGCAUUAGCGACGCCCUCGAGUCCGCGGCGGGCACGAUGCAGCUCCUGGUGAGGGUGCCGUCUCUUCCGGAGCGGGGCGAGCUGGACUGCAACAUCUGCUACCGGCCCUUCAACCUCGGGGACCGCGAGCCCCGCCGCCUCCCCGGGACGGCGCGCGCCCGCCGCGGCCACACGCUCUGCACCGCCUGUCUGCGCGAGUCGGCGGCGCGUGGCGACGGCGGCGGGGCGGCCGCGCGCGCAGUGCGUCUGCGCCACGUCGUCAUGUGCCCCUUCUGUCGCGCGCCCACCCCGCUCCCGCGCGGCAGGGUCACUGAAGUCUCUGUCGACCCGAGCUUGUGGUCGCGCUUGGAGGCAACAGCGCGGGCAGCGCACGAAUCUGAUGGGGCGGGUGGUCCGGUUCGGGAAAGCGGCGAUGUGGACCGAGAGGCCGAUGGAGGAAAAGGAGAGAAGGGGGCGGGGCCUAGGAGCGCGGGAUGGCGUGAGCUCCUGCGGCCCUGGGCCCGGGUGCUGGCACCGGCGCGCAGGUGGCGGCGCCCGCUGCCUAGCAACGUGCUGUACUGUCCAGAGAUCAAGGACUCGGCCCACAUGACCCGCUGCACGCUGUAACCGCGGAACCCUGAAGCCACGGAAGAAGAAAGAGUUACAGUCAAGGACCAGCAGCAUCAGCAUGACUGGGAGCCUGUUGGAAGCUUAAAAUCUCAGGAUUCCACUUCUGACUUACGGAAUUAGACUCUGCAUUUUAACAAGAAUCCCAGGUGAUCCAUUUAAAUAAAAAUUUAAGCAGCACUGGUCCAGGUCCUAGACUAUGUUGCAUUUUCCCCUGAGUUAAAAAGGGGGACUUAUUAAGAAUAAACCUCAAUUUUUCUAACUAUGUUUUUACCUUUUUCCUUUCCUUAAGUCUGAAGUCUCAGCUUAAAUAUUCCCUCUUUGGGGAGGUCUUUCUCAGCUUUCAAUCUGGUGUAGCCCCCUCCCUCGCCCUCUGUAAUACAAUGCCUUGUUUUAUUUUUUCACUACUUUUAUUUUCUGAUACGUGUUUUGUUGGUGUCCUGCACUACAGUGUAAGCUCCAUGACAGCAGUGACUAACUUGUGACUGUUGUAUCUGCAAGGGCAACAGCAGUGUUUUUAACAUGUACUCAAUAAAUGCUUGUUGGAAUUACA